AUGAAUCCCGCUCCGGCUUCUCCCCAGUUGAUCCAGCUAUUUGAAAAGUUGGUAUGCCUCGAGGAUGCCUCGAGCUUUGCGAAUGAGAAAGCUGCCUUGGGAUGCGAGCAUCGUCCAAUCGAAGUCCACUGGUGGAUUUCCUGCAGACGUAAAGGGAAACCAACCAUACCCGAUCUAGACGCAUUCAUGUCGCAAUGGUGGUCCUGGUGGCUGACACUUCAACCGGAGUGGAGAAAAUGUCAGGCGCCAACACUCACGGCACAUGCAGUUCUCCCUCGCACCGAUGAUGGCAAUUGGGACACCCUUAACAAACCAGGCACAAACAGCAUGUUGUCAAUUGUAGCUACCUUGAAAUGGUGGGCAGACGGUGCCAAUGGCAAAGAGCACGAAGAGUCCUGCUGGGAAGAUGCUGCAGACGAUGUCACUUGGGUUUUGGACCAGCUCACUGCAAUUUGUUCUAUAUCGAAGUCUAAGUCUUCCGGUGGUAACAAGAAACGGGGUCACUCUGAUACUCAGGCAAAGGUAUCAUCAUCGAAGAGGACGUGUAAUCGGCAGUAG